AUGAAUCCGGGCUACGCAGGACGUACAGAGUUGCCCGACAACUUGAAGGUGCUAUUUCGAACGGUGGCCAUGAUGGUGCCCGAUUACGCUAUGAUUGGGGAAAUUACGCUGUAUUCUAAUGGUUUUGUUAACGCUGGACCACUAGCUCGUAAAAUAGUCCAAGCGUACAAACUGUGUUCAGAACAACUAUCGUCACAAAACCACUACGAUUAUGGCAUGCGAGCUGUGAAGUCAGUUUUGUUGGCGUCCGGCGCCUUAAAGAAGAACUAUCCAGAAAAGGACGAGUCUCAACUCGUUUUGAGAGCAAUUAUUGAUGUCAAUAUGCCCAAGUUUUUGUCACAGGACGUGCCGCUGUUCGCGGGCAUCUACUCAGACCUGUUCCCGGGCGUGGAGAUCCCGCAGCCGGACCGCGCCGAGCUGCUGCACUGCAUCCACCGGGAGCUGGAGAAGAGGAACCUGCAGCCCACCGACUGGUACCUGGAAAAGAUUAUACAGAUAUACGAAAUGAUGCUCGUCCGUCACGGCUUCAUGAUAGUAGGCCCCCCCAUGGGCGGCAAGACGCAGGCCUACCAGUCCCUGGCGGAGUCGCUGAGGGCGUUGCAGCUGAUGAAGCCACCCCCCAGGCACAAGGAGUUCGGAGCCAUAUACAGGAUCAUCAACCCCAAGGCGAUUACCAUGGGACAGCUUUAUGGGUGCUUUGAUCCUGUGUCGCAUGAGUGGUCUGAUGGAGUGCUAGCGAUAGCAUUCAGGGAGUACGCGAUGUCGGCGACGCGCGACCGCAAGUGGAUCCUGUUCGACGGGCCCGUCGACGCCGUGUGGAUAGAGAACAUGAACACCGUGCUCGACGACAACAAGAAGCUCUGCCUCAUGAGUGGGGAGAUUAUACAGAUGACGAACAAAAUGAAUCUAAUCUUCGAGCCAGCUGACCUGGAGUUUGCCUCCCCGGCCACGGUGUCCCGCUGCGGGAUGAUUUAUAUGGAACCGGAACAGUUAGGAUGGCGAGCAUUCCUCACGUCGUACAAUACGCACCUUAGCAAGAAGCUCAUCCCGGAGCAGUACGACCUCAUACAGGAGUUGAUAGAAUGGCUCGUGCCGCCCAUAUUUGAGUAUCUGUUGAGGUGUAACCACUUCGUGCGAGUAGGGGAGAUACAUCAGUUCCACUCAUUCACACGGCUAUUCACGUGCUUACUGGAAGGUGAAGCUCAAUUCAGUACAAUGUGGCUGCAGUGUACGUUCGUGUUUUCCUUGCUCUGGGGACUGUGUGCUACCAUUACAGGUGACAGUCGCAAAGGUUUCGACUCAUUCUUCCGUAAGCUCUUAGACGGCAGUAACACAGCGUAUCCUAAACCCAAGUCCUUUAAACUGACCAAAAACCAGCUAUUUCAGGAUAAGGACACUGUGUUCGAUUAUGUAUACGACAAGAGAAAUAAUGGCACAUGGAUAUCUUGGGUGGAGUUAGAGAAAGAAGUACCGUUGGCGGCUAAUGCUAAGGUUAACGAUCUAAUUAUUUUAACAAAUGAGAACGCCUGUCUCCGUUUCUUCGUGAGCAAGAUGGUGCAGUCCAAAAUACCCAUUUUACUAGUGGGCCCGACUGGAACCGGGAAAUCCUCUCUUGUUCUAAACUUCUUACUCUCUCUGCCCAAAGAGAAAUAUAUUACUAAUACUAUUAACUUUUCGGCAAGGACCACUGCUAACCAGACGCAGGAUAUAAUAAUGUCGAAAGUAGACAGACGGAGGAAAGGUGUAUUUGGACCUUCGAUGGGGAAGAAGUGCGUGCUGUUCGUGGACGACCUGAGCAUGCCUGCGCGCGAGCAGUGGGGCGCUCAGCCGCCACUGGAGCUGCUGCGCCAGUGGGCCGACCACGGACACUGGUACGACCUCAGGGACAUGGCGCGCCAGGAGGUCGUCGACGUGCUCUUCGUGUCCGCGAUGUUACCGCCGGGCGGCGGGUCCAACCUCAUAUCUUCGAGACUUACGAGGCACAUGCUGCUCAUAACGUUAGAUGCGUUCGAAGAUAACACUCUCAACAAGAUUUUUGUUACAAUCAUGGAUUGGCAUUUUGCAAAAGGAUUUCCAGACAGUCUCGCCAGACAGAGUAAGGCAGUAGUAAGUGCGACGAUGGAAGUAUACAAGAGCGUGACGGUCCAGUUCCUGCCGACGCCCAGCAAGUGCCACUACCUGUUCAACUUGCGGGACUUCGCGCGCGUCAUCAGGGGCGUACUGCUCGUGCCCGCCUCGCACCUCAAGGAGCUGUCCAAGCUGGUGCUGCUCUGGAUACACGAGACCUACCGCGUGUUCUAUGACCGCCUGGUGGAUGACGCCGAUAGAGUGAAGCUGUUCGACAUAAUAUACAAGGCGGUGUACGGCAACUACCGCGUGCACAUGGACCAGGUGCUGGCGGAGCUCGGCUACGUGCCCGAGGGAGACAAGUGCGCCAACAGACACGCCGCUAACAUAUUCUUUGGCAAUUACAUGGAACCGGAUGCUGACCCUAAGAUCUAUGAUCAGGUAACCGACCUAGACGAUAUGGCGGUGAAAAUGGAGUACUAUCUGGAGGAGUACAACGUGGUGUCCUCGUCGCCCAUGUCGCUCGUCAUGUUCCGCUACGCGCUCGACCACAUCUCGCGGUGCGCGCGCGUGCUCUUGCAGGACAAUGGGAAUCUAUUGCUGGUGGGUGUGGGCGGCAGCGGCAGGAGCAGUGCGGUGAAACUCGCCGCCAGUAUUCUAGAAAUGAACGUUAUACAGAUUGAGAUAUCGAGAGUGUACGGACAGAACGAGUGGCGAGAUGAUAUACGGAAAAUGUUAAUGAAGGCUGGAAUCAUUGGGAAACCCCUUGUGUUCUUGUUUGCUGACAAUCAGAUAAUGUAUGAAGGUAUGGUGGAAGAUAUUAACAUGUUAUUGAAUACAGGAGAUAUUCCAAAUCUUUAUGGUAUGGACGAAAAAGUAGAAAUUUUAGAUAAGAUGCAAGCUGCUGUAAGGGAGUCUGGCAAGAAGAUGGAGACGACUCCGCUGGCGAUGUUCGGGUUCUACCUGGAGCGCGUGAAGGCGAGCCUGCGCGUGGUGCUCGCGCUGUCGCCCAUCGGGGACGCCUUCCGCAACCGCCUGCGCAUGUUCCCCUCGCUCAUCAACUGCUGCACCAUCGACUGGUUCACAGCAUGGCCCCCAGAGGCCCUCGAGCGGGUGGCGUCCAUGUUCAUAUCCAAGAUGGAGAGCGUGGAGAGCGAGCUGCGCGACGCGUGCGUACAGAUGUGCCAGCUGUUCCACGUCAGCGUGGUGCGCCUCAGCGACAGAUUCUACGCUGAGCAAAAACGAAAAGUAUAUGUAACACCGACCAGCUACUUAGAACUAAUAAAGGCAUUUCAAAAUUUAUAUACUUUAAAAGUGGAUCAGAUCACGAGAUCCAGGAACCGUUACGAGACGGGGUUAGAGCAGUUAGACUUCGCGGCGGGGCAGGUGGCCGUCAUGCAGCAGAACCUCAUCGACCUGCAGCCGCUGCUCGUGGAGACCUCGGACAAGACUGAGAAGCUCAUGAUCAAGAUAGAACAGGACACGGUCGUUGUUGAGAAGCAGAAGGAGAUAGUGGGCGCAGACGAAGCCCUAGCCAACGAGGCGGCGGCGGCGGCGCAGGCCAUCAAGGACGACUGCGAGUCGGACCUGGCGGAGGCGGUGCCGGCGCUGCGCGCGGCGCUCGACGCGCUCGACACGCUCAAGCCCGCCGACGUCACGCUCGUCAAGUCCAUGAAGAACCCGCCGGCCGGCGUCAAGCUGGUCAUGGAGGCGGUCUGCGUCAUGAAGGGCAUCAAGGGGGACAGGAAGAUGGAUCCUACCGGCAAGGCUUAUGAAGACUACUGGGGCCCGUCACAGAAAAUGCUAGGAGAUAUGAAGUUCUUGGAGAGUCUCAAGAAUUACGACAAAGAUAAUAUACCUGCUUCCAUCAUGAAGAAGAUCAGAGAUAAGUACAUACCGGACCGCGAGUUCGACCCGGCGGUGAUCGCGAAGGUGUCGUCUGCGUGCGAGGGGCUGUGCCGCUGGGUGCGCGCCAUGGACGUGUACGAUCGCGUCAUCAAGGUUGUAGCUCCUAAAAAGGCGGCCUUAGCAGAGGCCGAAGCAGAACUUCAGACGCAGAUGAACACUCUAAACGAGAAACGAGCUCAGUUGCAAGGUGUACUCGAUAAGUUACAGGCGCUAAACGACGAGUUUGCAGAAAUGACUAGAAAGAAGAAAGGUCUAGAAGAUGAGAUAGAACUGUGUUCCACGAAGCUGUCCCGAGCUGAACAGCUGAUCGGCGGCCUCGGGGGAGAGAAGGCGCGGUGGACGGACCUGCAAAUACAGUUGCAGAAUUUACUAUCUAAUAUUAUUGGCGACGUACUAUUGGCUGCUGGCUUCAUUGCCUACCUCGGCCCUUACACUGUCAACUAUAGGAGGGAAAUUAUACAGACGUGGAAUAAACGGACACAGGAAUUAGAUAUCCCGUGUUCCGAGUCGUUCAGCCUGCUGUCGACGCUGGGCGAGCCCGUGGUCAUCCGCGCCUGGAACAUCGCGGGGCUGCCCGUGGACGCCUUCUCCGUGGAGAACGGCAUCAUCGUGGAGAAGUCGCGCCGGUGGCCUCUCAUGAUCGAUCCUCAAGAACAAGCAAAUAAAUGGGUGAAGAAUAUGGAGCGUGAAAACCAGUUAAAAGUAAUCAAACUAACCGACUCGAACUACGUACGAGUUUUAGAAAACGCGAUUCAACUAGGCCUCCCCGUUAUCUUGGAGAACGUUCGAGAACAACUGGACGCCGUACUUGAACCAGUUUUAUUGAGGAAUAUUUUUAGGUCUGGAGGCAUAGACUGUUUGAAGCUAGGCGAUAACAUCCUGGAGUACAACCACGAGUUCCGCUUCUACAUCACCACGCGACUGAGCAACCCACAUUAUCUACCUGAGAUUGCCGUUAAGGUGACACUGCUGAACUUCAUGAUAACCCCGCAAGGUCUGCAGGACCAGCUGCUAGGCAUCGUGGUGGCGCAGGACCGGCCCGAGCUCGAGCUGAAGAAGAACCAAUUGAUUGUAGAGGGCGCCAACAAUAAGAGGACUUUGAAGGAAAUCGAGGAUAAAAUUUUGGAGGUACUAUCAUCAGCUGGCAACAUUCUAGAAGACGAGUCCGCAAACCAGAUACUAUCAUCCUCAAAAACCUUAUCAAUCGAGAUAGAGGCUAAACAGGCGGCUGCGGCCGUCACCGAGCAGGAAAUAGAUGAGGCGCGCCUCCUGUAUGUGCCCGUCUCCAAGCACAGCUCUGUGCUGUUCUUCUGUAUAUCGGAUCUGGCAAAUAUCGAUCCCAUGUACCAAUAUUCGCUUAAUUGGUUUAUAAACUUGUACAACCAAGCCAUCCAGAACUCGCCCAAGAGUGACAACUUAACGGAGCGUCUGGAGGGACUCAACGCGCACUUCACCCGCAUCGUGUACGAGAACGUGUGCCGGAGUUUGUUCGAGAAGGACAAACUUAUAUUCUCUUUGGUGCUCACCUUGGGAAUACUGAGGGCUAAGGGCGACCUGGACGACGAGCUGGUGGCGUUCCUGCUGACGGGCGGCGUGGCGCUGGAGAACCCGCACGAGAACCCCGCGCCCGCCUGGCUCUCGGAGAAGGCCUGGUCAGAGAUCGUGCGGUGCAGCAAUCUUAAUGGUCUUCGUGGAUUCAAAGAGAACUUUGAAUCAAACUUGGCGGAAUGGAAAGCAUUCUACGACCUGUCGGCGCCGCACGAGAGUGCUCUGCCGCAUCCGUACGAAGAUAUCCGCGGCAUACCUAAGCUCAUCAUAUUGAGAUGCAUACGUCCGGACAAGCUAAUACCGCUCGUCCAACAAUACGUAGUGGAAGAAAUGGGUCGUACCUAUAUAGAACCUCCGCCAUUCGAUUUAGAGAAGUCUUACAACGACAGCAACUGCUCUUCUCCCCUCAUCUUCAUCCUCUCCCCCGGCUCCGACCCCAUGUCGGGGCUCGUAAAGUUCUCCAUGGAGAAGAAGGUGGUCUCAUUUGAGACUAUAUCGCUUGGUCAGGGACAGGGCCCGAUAGCCGCGAACAUGAUCAGACAGGCGGCGGCGUCGGGCGGCUGGGCGGUGCUGCAGAACUGCCACGUGAUGGCGUCGUGGAUGGGCGAGCUGGAGCGCCUCUGCGCCGAGGAGCUGGCGCCGCGCGCCGCGCACCCCGCCGCGCGUUGCUGGCUCACCUCCUACCCCUGCACUGCCUUCCCCGUCACCGUGCUGCAGAAUGGUGUGAAAAUGACAAACGAAGCACCGAAAGGUCUUAAAAACAACAUCUACCGCUCAUACAUGUCGGACCCCAUCUGCGACCCGGAGUUUUACAUCUCUUGUCCAAGGACAGAAGAAUGGCGGAGACUUCUCUUUGCUCUCUGCUUCUUCCACGCCAUCGUGCAGGAGAGAAGGGCCUUUGGUCCUCUAGGGUGGAACAUACAGUAUGAGUUCAACGAGAGUGAUCUGCGGAUAUGUAUUAUGCAAUUACAGAUGUUUCUAACAGAAUACACAGAGAUUCCAUUCGACGCCCUGAACUACUUGGCGGGGGAGUGCAACUACGGCGGGCGGGUGACGGACGACAAGGACAGAAGACUCAUACUGUCUCUUUUGUCCAUAUUCUACAAUGAAGAAGUCACUACGAAUCCUAACUACUCGUUCUCCCCGAGCGGGGACUACGUGCUGCCGCGCAGCAUGGAGCACGCGGCCGUGUUGGCGCACGUGCGCGCGCUGCCGCCGCGCGCGCGCCCCGAGGUGUUUGGCCUGCACGAGAACGCCGACAUCACCAAGGACAACAAGGAGACCGCGAAUCUGCUGUUCGGCUGCCUGCUGACGCGGGGCGCGGGCGCGGGCGCGGGCGCGGGCGGCGCGCGCGCUGGCGCCGGCGUGGAGGAGCUCACGCGCGACGUGGCGGCGCGCCUGCCGCCGCCCUACGACGUGCGCGCCGUCGCCGCGCGGUACCCUGUGCAGUAUCACAAUAGCAUGAACACUGUGCUUAAACAGGAGCUGAUCCGCUACAACCGGCUACUGUCGGUGGUGGCGCGCACGCUGCGCGGCGUGCACCGCGCCGCGCGCGGCCUGGCCGCCCUCAGCGCCGAGCUGGAGGCGUGCCACGCCGCCCUCGCCGCCGGCCGCGUGCCCGACGCCUGGGCGGCCAAGUCCUACCCCUCCAUGAAGCCUUUGGGCUCGUAUAUUGCGGAUUUCCUCGCCAGGCUUAAAUUCUUCCAAGAUUGGAUAGACGAGGGUCCACCAACGGUCUUCUGGAUAUCAGGGUUCUACUUCACCCAGUCGUUUCUGACUGGAGUUCUGCAGAACUACUCGCGACAUAACAAAAUACCAAUAGACCAAGUGCACUUUGAAUUUACAGUCACUAGUAUGGAAGCAACGUGCGAGGAGGAACCAGCUUUUGGAGUAUACUGUAAGCAAACUCAACAAGUGGAUAAUCAAGGCCAGGAACACAGUGUGUUUGUUUGGGGCCUGUUCCUAGAAGGAGCAAGAUGGAACCGAGAAACAAUGCAACUAGAUGAAUCAUAUCCAAAAAUCCUAUUUGACACCAUCCCAAUCAUUUGGUUUCAACCAGCUCUAAUAGUUGAUUUUAACCCACCACCAAGUUAUUUUUGUCCUAUAUACAAAACUAGUGAACGAAAAGGUGUACUGGCAACUACUGGACAUUCAAGUAACUUUGUUAUGUACAUUACUUUGAGAUCUGAUAUCCCAGAGAAGCAUUGGAUUAAUAGAGGAGUAGCGAGUUUGACACAGCUUGAUGAU